GGUAAGUUACGCAACAGUACAGGUUUGUUUGACAUCCGCUUUAAGAAGACCGUAUAUAGUCAUAUACCUUCAUUUAUUCUUUUUCACUCUCCCACCUACCUACUUAUACCUUAACACUCCCAAGCCAGCCUUGUUCUCUGUGUUCCACUCCAUGGCCGAGAUUCUCUCCCCUCAAAUCUCGCCCAUUCUCUUGCUUGCUCGUCUCCGCCAGUACUGUGAACUUAGAUUUGUGAAGAUGUACUGGCAAUGCAUGAGAAGAAGACGUAGAAAACGACACCAUUGCCAAAAUGGAAUUUGGAAUGGGAUGGUUAGGAAAGAUUUACAAGUGGAUUGGGCCAAAGAGCAUCGUACAGCAUGCCACACUCGUCCUUGCUGUGUACCCGACGUUGCUGUCUAUACUAUGGGCAGAGCAGGAAAAAUUGUCAGUUUGUUGUUGAGUUGGGGAAUAGAGUGAGGUUUUGGUAGGAUGGGUGGUAUGGGGAUCAUCCUUUUCAAUUGGCCUUUCCAAGGUUGUAUGGUAUCGCCUUUGACAAGGAGGUUUCUGUUGAAGCUUCUUUGCUAAGGCAGGGGGUGGAGGAGAGGAGAAGUUGGAAUGUUCGUUUUAUUAGAGAUUUUAAUGAUUGGGAGAUGAAUGAAGGGCUGCUUUUUCUUCGUAUUUUGGGAGUCAAUACUCCUCCUAUGGAGGCUGGAGACCGGAUGAGAUGGAAAUUGAAGCCUAAUGGGGUUUUUGACAUCCGAUUGUAUUCUAACAAAUUAAGGGAUUCUUGCUCAACUGUCUUUCUUUGGAAAGUUAUUUGGAGAGUUGAGGCCCCUAGGCGAGUUUCUUUUUUUGUUUGGUGUGUAGCUUGGAAUAAGAUCGUUAGGGGAGAUAACCUGAGAUUGAGAUUGAGGAGAUUAGAGUUUGUGGAUUGGUGCAUUAUGUGCCGUCAUUUUGGAGAGACGGUAGAUCACUUACUUCUUCAUUGCGAGAUGGGAAAUCGAUUAUGGAGCUUUGUGUUUAUAACUUUUGGCUUGUCUUGGGUUAUAUCUAGAUCGAUUCCAGACUUGCUUUUUGGUUGGUGGAAUUGGCUGGGGAAGCAUUCGUCUCAAAUUUUGAACUUAGUCCCGUUGUGCAUCCUUUGGUGUAUUUGGAAGGAACGGAAUCAGAGGACUUUUGAGGAUUUGGAUAGUUCCGGUGAUCAGACGCUUGCUUCUUUUAGUGGGACUCUUUUUGAUUGGUCUCGGGCUUGGAGACUCACAUUUAGUGAUUCUCUCCCUUCUUUUCUUUGCACCCAUUCUCUGUUGUAAUUUUUGUGUUGUUUGGUUCUCUAUUGUGUUUGCUCUCUGUCCUCUUUUUCUUGUACUUUCUAGGCUUGCUCUAUGUUCUUCAUGCAUAGAGCAGGCUUUCGUAUAUAUAUAUCAUUCUUACCUAUUAAAAAAAAAAAAAAAAUCAAUUUGAGAGAUAUUUUCUAUUUAUUUGAUGGUAGGAACUUGGGUCAAUCAAUGAAGAGGAAUUCGUAAAAAGUCAGAAGAUAACGGAGAAUGUUUUCCCUUAUUUUAUUUUUGAAAACAUUGUCCUACCAGCAUAAAAUGUUACUUCUAAGUUAUUAAUGUUCCUUGAGAUGGUUUAAGAGCCUUUUGUUUUUCUUAAUUUUUUUUUUUUUAAAAU